AUGUCACCCCCCACAACCAUGAAAGCAGUCGAAAUCACUCAAACCGGCGGCCCCGAAGUCCUCUCCUACAAAACCGACCAUCCAGUGCCAGCUCCGUCGGAAGGCCAAGUCCUCGUCCAGAACUCCGUCUCCGGAAUUAACUACAUCGAUACCUACUUCCGCACUGGUCUCUAUCCGGCGCCGAAGCCUGAGGUCCUGGGUCGCGAGGGAGUCGGCAAAAUUGUUACGCUGGGAUCUGGUGACAACACGCAAGGUCUCCAGGUCGGUGAUCGGGUUGCUUGGUUGGGGACGGGCGGGUAUGCGGAGUACACUGCUGUCCCCGCAGCGAAGACGGUGAAGGUUCCGGAGGGGAUCAGCGAUGAGGAUGUCAUGGCUGGUUUCCUUAGCGGAUUGACUGUGUUAACGCUGGUGAAAGAGACAUACCCCGUGCAGAAGGGCGAGACGGUCCUUGUGCAUGCUGCUGCCGGAGGUGCGGGGUCGCUGAUGGUGCAGGUGCUGAAGAGCAUCGGGGCGAAGGUCAUCGGUACCGCUGGUGGAGAGGCGAAGGUUGCUCUUGCGAAACAGUUGGGUGCGGAUGUGGUCAUCGAUUACCGGGCUGAGGACUGGGUGAGCAAGGUGAAGGAGGCUACUGGGAGUAAGGGCGUGGAUGUUGUUUAUGAUUCUGUGGGCAAGGAUACAUGGGAGGGUGCGUUGGAGGUGGUUAAGAGGAAGGGGACAAUUGUCUGGUUUGGGAAUGCCAGUGGGCCGGUGCCGCCUUUGCCUAUUCAGAAACUCUCGCCCAAGAACCUCAAGGUCGCGCGUCCCCAGCUGUUCGGAUACAUUGACACUCGCGAGGAGUACGAAUUCUACACCAAUGAGCUCUUCUCGCUGCUCAAGUCGGGCCAGCUCAAAGUCAAGGUUCACAAUGUGUAUCCGUUGGAGCAAGUUGCGCAGGCUCAUAUCGAUUUGGAGGGCCGUAAGACUACAGGCAAACCUCUUUUGAAGCCAUGA